UGUGUGGUGUGUGUGUGUGGGGGGGAGGCCUGGGACAGCAGGAAUAGGACAGCCAGACAGGCCGGACGGGGUACCAGCACCUCGACUUCUCUCCCUAGGACACUGUCCAAACUCCAAGGGCCAUAGGCCAAGCUGAGCGAUGGGUGCUGAGGAGGAGGUGCUGGUCACACUGUCAGGGGGAGCCCCCUGGGGCUUCCGACUUCAGGGGGGGGCCGAGCAGAAGAAACCCUUACAGGUGUCCAAGAUCCGAAGACGGAGCCAAGCUGGCAGAGCAGGACUCCGAGAGAGGGACCAGCUUUUAGCCAUUAAUGGAGUCUCCUGUACCAGCCUCUCUCAUGCCAGUGCCAUGAGCCUCAUUGAUGCCUCAGGGAAUCAACUUGUCCUCACUGUGCGGAGGGUGGAGGACGAAGUGCCUUUGCGAUCUCCAUCCCCUGGCGAGCUUCAGGUGCUGUCACCCUUAUCUCCGCUGAGUCCUGAGCCCCCUGGUGCUCCAGUUCCCCAGCCUCUUCAGCCUGGAAACCUCCUUUCACCCCCAGACAGUGAAGCUUACUAUGGAGAGACAGACAGUGAUGCUGAUGGCCCUGCCACCCAGGAGAAGCACCGCCGACCCCGCCGCCGAGGCCCCACAAGGCCCACCCCUCCAGGAGCCCCACCUGAUGAGGUCUACCUGUCUGACAGCCCUGCAGAGCCGGCACCUGCUGUCCCUGGUCCUUCCAGCCAGGGUGACAGCCGUGUGAGCUCCCCAUCUUGGGAGGAUGGGGCAACCCUUCAGCCACCACCCGCCGAGGCCUUGCUGCUGCCCCAUGGCCCCCUCCGGCCUGGCCCUCAUCUCAUCCCUAUGGUGGGGCCUGUUCCCCACCCAGUGGCAGAAGAUCUUACUACCACCUACACCCAGAAGGCCAAGCAAGCCAAACUGCAACGGGCAGAGAGCCUCCAAGAGAAGAGUGUGAAGGAGGCCAAAACCAAAUGCCGGACGAUUGCAUCCCUGCUGACUGCAGCCCCCAAUCCCCACUCCAAGGGGGUGCUGAUGUUUAAGAAAAGACGCCAGAGAGCCAAGAAAUACACCCUCGUGAGCUUUGGGGCUGUGGCUGGGACAGGCACUGUGGAGGAAGAAGACGGGGUCCCUCCGACCAGUGAGUCUGAGCUGGACGAGGAGGCCUUUUCCGACGCCCGCAGCCUCACCAACCAGUCCGACUGGGACAGCCCCUAUUUGGACAUGGAGCUGGCCAGGCCAGGCUCAAGUGCAGCAGAGGGUCCAGGCCCAGGCCUGGGAGGGCAGCUCAGUGAGGCCUCCGGGCGAGGGGUCCAGCUCUUUGAACAGCAGCGCCAGCGCACAGCCUCCAGCACCCAGGAGCUGGCCCAGGAUGGUCCAGCAGCCAUGCUCAACGGGAAGGGCCUGCAGUCACCACCUCGGGCCCAGAGUGCUCCUCCGGAGGCGGUUGUGCUCCCAUCCAGCCCUUCACCGGCCCCUAUAACCAGCUCCAGACCCUUACUCCUAGGCGGUGGAGUGCCUACCCCAGCUCCAAGCAUCUUUAACCGGUCAGCCAGGCCCUUUACCCCGGGCUUACAAGGUCAGAGGCCAGGUACCACCUCGGUUAUUUUCCGGCCCCUGGCCCCCAAGAGAGCAAAUGAAAGCCUGGGAGGCCUCAGUCCAGUCCCACCGCCUUUCUUGUCCUCUCCUCAGGGGCCCACCCCUCAGCCCAGCUUCACCUCAGGGGUUCCCAGCCACAUGCCAGCCUCCAGUUCCCCCAGCACCCCACGCUCUUCAGGCCCCGUGACGGCCACCAGUUCCCUGUAUAUCCCAGCCCCGAAUCGUCCUGUUACACCAGGCGGAGCCCCUGAGCCCCCUGCUCUCCCUAGCGCAGCUGCCAUGACCUCCACCGCUUCUAUCUUCCUAUCGGCGCCUCUGCGACCCGCUGCGCAUCCAGAGGCGCCCGCCACAGGCCCCGCGGUCCCUGAGCUCCCCAGCGCUCGAGAGCAGCGCAUCUCUGUGCCAGCUGCUCGCACCGGCAUCCUACAGGAGGCCCGGCGUCGGGGGACCCGGAAGCAGAUGUUCCGUCCGGGAAACGAGGAGACGAAAAACUCGCCCAACCCGGAGCUGUUAUCGCUGGUGCAGAACCUGGAUGAAAAACCCCGGGCAGGGGGUGCUGAAUCUGGUCCAGAGGAGGAUGCUCUGAGCCUCGGUGCUGAAGCCUGCAACUUCAUGCAGCCACCAGGGGGCAGGAGUUACAAGACCCCAGCUCACGUGACACCUAAAACCCCGCCUCCAAUGGUUCCCAAGACCCCGCCCCCUAUGACUCCUAAGACUCCACCCCCAGUGGCUCCUAAACCCCCAUCUCGAGGGUUCGCUGAUGGGCUAGUGAAUGGAGCUGCCCCUUCUGUUGGAAUCCCUGAGCAACCAAGGCUUCAGGGCAGGGGUGGGGAGCUGUUUGCCAAGCGGCAGAGCCGCGCAGACAGGUAUGUGGUGGAAGCUACACCUAGUCCUGGCCUUGGCCCUCUGCCCCGAAGCCCUUCUCCUACUCCCUCACUGCCCCCUUCCUGGAAAUAUUCACCCAACAUCCGAGCCCCACCUCCUAUAGCAUAUAAUCCUUUGCUCUCACCCUUUUUUCCCCAAGCUGCCCGAACUCUCCCUAAUAAGGCCCAAUCCCAGGGGCCUCGGGCAACCCCCAAGCAGCAGGGCAUCAAGGUUCUGGAUUUCAUGCGGCACCAGCCCUACCAACUUAAAACUGCCAUGUUCUGUUUUGAUGAGGUUCCCCAGACUCCUGGCCCCACAUCCUCAGGGCCCCCCAAAACUGCCCGAGUCCAGGAGAUCCGGCGAUUUUCCACUCCAGCACCUCAGCCCACUGCAGAGCCCUUGGCCCCCACUGUGCUUGCCCCCAGAGCAGCCACUACAUUGGAUGAACCCAUCUGGAGGGCAGAGCUGGCCUCAGCCUCUGUCCUUAGCCCCGCCCCUCCUCCAGAGUCUCCCAGGAGUCUUGGGGCCUCCGCUAGCUCCUGUGGCUUCCAGGUAGCCAGGCCUCGGUUUUCAGCCACCAGAACAGGAUUGCAGGCUCAUGUGUGGAGGCCUGGGGCAGGCCACCACUGAGCUCCCAGGACCAAGGAGAGGUGGAACAUCUAGUUCCUAAAGUUGCUUCUACCCAAUCCACCCCCUCAGGCAUCUGGAGGCUAACUUCCCUCCUGCCAGAGAUAGUUUUGGAGUUGAUAUCCCUCCGUUGCUUCUUCCUGGCUCCCAACCUCCCUGCUGCUUUCCAACCUAAUAUCUGUGCUUUAGUAUCUGCGCUCCUCUUUGUCUGUGUAGCUCCUUGCUGGGCAGGAUCUCUGUCUUUAUCUCUAGAUCUCUCCAUCCAUAUUCCCCCACUGGUCUCAAUUUCUCUACCUUUGUGCUUUUCUCUGUGGGUCUCAUUUUCAUGUUCAAUGAAAAGCACACAGAGAAAUUACCACUGAGACCUCAAGCAGGAAGCUCACCACCAGGCAGGCAGGCAGCAAAGGAGCUGAAUUGACUUUUGUCUGCACUAAGUCACUUGCCACUUCUAUUCUUUCCCAAGCUUGGCUGGCAUAUACCUAGGUGUGUAUGUGUGCAUGUGUAUGUGCAAGUGUGUGUGCAUAUAUGUGCUCUUCUGUCUGAGGUAAGAGUAAGAGGAGAGAUUUGAAGACCCAAUGUGGGUCUUACAUUUGCGGUAAUAAAGGAGGGUCAGAUAUCCCUACAUGGAUAGUCUAGUGGGGGGAAAGGAUUCAAUAGAGCUAAAGACCAGUGUCUGCAGCUGGUAUAUAGCAUCUUGUGAAACUCAUGGCAUAUGAGAAGACUUGGAGGGCCAGGUAGUUUUAUGGACUGAGUUAUACCAGCUAGACCAGGAAUAGAACUAAGAAUUCCUCAGGGUUUCAGCAAGUGAGCAACUUGAGAGGCCCGUGCUGAGCAACAAGCACCCAGGAAGUGAGCAAAAAGAAAGAAAAUAUCCUCUGAGAAUGACCAAAUCAUUGGCUUCGUUGCCUCAUGCACAUAAGACAGGAGAAAGGAAAGAACCGUGGUGUGGCAAGUGAGGCGGAGCCAGGAGCAGAGCAGAAAUGAAUGUAAUUGAUUGAGCCACGAAGAGGGGCAUGGUGAGGGAGAAUGAGAAUGGAGUGUCAGCAGAGAAUAAAUUUAGGUAACAGGAAACCAACCGUAUAUAAGAAGGGGAUUGGGGGAAAUGAGGGAGAAGAAUAUAUUUAUUAGAGUGAAGGGGAAGAUGGGGGGAAGAUAUGAGAGUGUGUUCUGAGUGAUGAAAGAACAGUUGGUAUCUGUGCUACUUGCUUUGAGUCUGUCCCUCUGUCUUCUGCAGCUUGUCCAGACAACCUGGGAAAGGGCAAGGAAACACCCAGAGCCAAACCUCUUUUCAGUCCUAACCUAUCCCUCAAAACCUAGCUCUUGUUCAUUUCCAGCUUCAGGUCCUCAUUUUUAAUCCCAGAGUGUUAUGGACUCCCCUCUCACCAUGACUACCAUGGGUCACGUUUGCUGCUUGAUCUGGAAAUUGGUCAUUUCAUUUGCAUAUUAGGUGUGAGUCACAGUUCUUUUGUUUAUGCACAAGAAUAAAUGUAUACCCCAUAA